GUACAUGCGUUCAGGGUGGUGUCCCAGGGUCUCCUCAUAGCUGCAAGGAGGGUGCCAAGGGACUGCGAGGAUGUCACGGAGAGGAUGCUGAGGGGGCUCUGAACAGGAUGCAGGGGGAUCACAGCAUGGUGCUGCGGGGCAUUAGGAGGACCUUUAGCUCCCAGGCACUGGAAUGUAGGAGGGAAAGCUUUCCCUGCAUCCUCUGCCAGGAGGAAGCAUGCUGGGGGAUUCCCCCAAGGAGCCGUGGAAUGCCCAUGACCACACAGGGCAGCAUGACUUCUGGACUUGCCUUGCCCUACAGACCCAGGUGUGACAUAGUGGGGGGGAGGCAAGGGGAUCUGAGCAGCCACAUCUGCAGCGCUGGGGGCGAGCAGAACUGCUCCAGCUCCAGCCUCCAGCCGACUGAGCCGCCUGUGGGUACCCCAGUAUCCAUGGAGAUGGGAGGAUGCUUUCCCCCCCUCCCCCCUUUCCUUCGAGCCGCUGCCGCAUCCGCAAGCAGUGGUGACGGCGGCACAGGAGCAAUGCUCAGCGGCGGGGACCCCCGGCUGGAGGAAACCUCCUUCCCCACCUCCCGAUGCAGGCGCUGCAGCACCCGGAGCCAAGCAGGGACCCCUCCAAUGGCAGCUGGGCUAACGCCAGUGAGAGCUACCUCCUGAAGGAAAAUUACACCUUCUUGGCAUACUACCAGCACUCCUCACCUGUGGCUGUGAUGUUUAUCCUAGCCUACACCUUCAUCUUCCUCAUGUGCAUGAUUGGCAACAUCCUGGUGUGCUUCAUAGUGGUGAAGAACCGUCAGAUGCGGACGGUCACCAACAUGUUCAUUCUCAACCUUGCCAUCAGUGACCUGCUGGUGGGCAUCUUCUGCAUGCCUACAACCCUGGUGGACAACCUCAUCACAGGGUGGCCCUUUGAUAAUGCCAUGUGCAAAAUGAGUGGCCUGGUACAGGGCAUGUCUGUCUCUGCUUCUGUUUUCACGCUGGUGGCCAUCGCGGUGGAGAGGUUUCGCUGCAUCGUCCACCCCUUCCGGCAGAAGCUGACGCUGAGGAAAGCCCUGGUGACCAUUGCCAUCAUCUGGGUGCUGGCCCUGCUCAUCAUGUGCCCCUCUGCCAUCACCCUAACUGUCACCAGGGAAGAGCACCACUUCAUGGUGGACACCUACAACAACUCCUACCCACUGUACUCCUGCUGGGAGGCCUGGCCCGAGACAGAGAUGAGGAAGAUCUACACCACCAUCCUUUUCUCCCACAUCUACGUGGCACCCCUUGCCCUCAUUGUUGUCAUGUAUGCUCGCAUCGCCUUCAAGCUCUUCAAGUCAGCAGCACCUGCCCGCAGCACCCGGCCUGAGGAGCCCGAGGGGAGGAAGGUGUCCCGUAGGAAGGCCAAGGUCAUCAACAUGCUCAUCAUCAUGGCCCUCUUCUUCACUCUCUCCUGGUUGCCCCUCUGGACACUGAUGCUGCUGACAGACUAUGGUAACCUCAGCGAGCGCCAGCUGCACCUGGUCACCGGCUAUAUCUUUCCCUUUGCUCACUGGCUGGCCUUCUUCAACAGCAGCGCCAACCCUAUCAUCUAUGGAUACUUCAAUGAGAACUUCCGACGAGGCUUCCAGGAGGCCUUUAGGGCCCCUUUCUGCUUGCCACCACGCCGGCGGCACCGUGGGCCCUAUGGUGCCCGCAACCGUGUCUUCACCCAGCCCCAGGCCAGCGACUCUCCCCCCCACUCGGAAUCGAGGCCGCUGGCAUCCCGACGGGCUGGCAUCCCUGCAUGGAAUGGCUGAGCAGCUGUGGCCACCAGUUUGUCUGAUAGAUGUGGGUCUAGAUGGGGACCUCGUGCAUGGCAAUAUACUAGGGAGGAAACCCCGUAUUGUUGUGGGUUUGGGGUCUUGAUGUGAUGAUUAGUGAGUGUCCAACCCAAGGGCUUGUUGGGGAGUGGAAGGGAGUAGGGAUUUACAAAGUUAUUGAA